GAGUGGGAGAAUGCAGAGCUGAGGGGCCAACUCCUGGGAGUGACACAGGAGAGGGACUCGGCCCUUCUCAAGAGCCAGGGCCUGCAGAGCAAGCUGGAGAGCCUGGAGCAGGUGCUGAAGCACAUGCGGGAGGUGGCCCAGCGGAGGCAGCAGCUGGAGGUGGAGCACGAACAGGCUCGGCUCAGCCUGCAGGAGAAGCAGCAGGAGGUCCGGAGGCUGCAGCAGGCCCAGGCAGAAGCCCAGAGGGAACAUGAAGGGGCUGUGCAGCUGCUGGAGGUCCGGGUUCGAGAGCUGGAGGAGCAGUGCCGCAGCCAGACCGAGCGCUUCAGCCUCCUGGCGCAGGAGCUCCAGGCCUUCCGCCUGCACCCAGGUCCCUUGGAUCUGCUCACCUCUGCCCUGGGCUGCAGUACCCUUGGGGACCGCCCGCCACCCCCCUGCUGCUGCUCCACCCCUCAGCCCUGCCGGGGGUCCGGCCCCAAAGACCUUGACCUCCCGCCAGGCUCCCCAGGGCACUGCACCCCAAAGUCUUCCGAACCUGCCCCUGCCACCCUGGCUGGGGUCCCCCGAAGGACGGCCAAGAAGGCAGAGUCUCUCUCCAACUCCUCUCGCUCCGAGUCCAUCCACAACAGUCCCAAGUCAUGCCCUACGCCCGAGGUGGACACAGCCAGUGAGGUGGAAGAGCUGGAGGCAGACAGCGUCUCCCUGCUCCCAGCAGCGCCGGAGGGCAGCCGGGGAGGCGCCAGGAUCCAGGUCUUCCUUGCACGCUAUAGCUACAACCCCUUCGAGGGCCCCAAUGAGAACCCAGAGGCAGAGCUUCCACUUACCGCUGGCGAGUACAUCUACGUCUAUGGCAACAUGGACGAGGAUGGCUUCUUUGAAGGAGAGCUCAUGGACGGCCGAAGGGGCCUGGUCCCUUCCAAUUUCGUAGAGCGUGUGUCCGACGACGACCUCCUGACCUCCCUGCUUCCGGAGCUGGCCGAUUUGUCCCACAGCUCAGGCCCCGAGCUCAGCUUCCUGAGCGGAGGCGGGGGCGGCAGCAGCAGCGGGGGCCAGAGCGGCGGGGGACGCAGCCAGCCCAGGCUGGAGGAGGGGGCUGCAGGGGACCAGCUCAGUUUGAGCCCCCCGCCCGAGGGCCUGGGGGAGCCCCCUGCUGUGCCUCACCCCCGCGGCCUGGCCCUCCUCAAGCAGCUGGCCCGCAGCGUGGUGCUGGCCUGGGAGCCGCCUCCGGAAUGCGUGGAGCUGCGUGGCUACCACGUCUGUGUGAACGGGGAGCUGCGGCAGACCCUGGGGCCUGGGGCGCCCCCCACGGCCGUGCUUGAGAACCUGGACCUGCAGACCGGGUCCCUCCGUGCUUCUGUGCAGGCCCUGACCAGCCGGGGCUGCUCUGACCCUCUGCGCUGUUGCUUGGUGUUCGGGGCUGGGGCCGGGGUGGCGCCCAGCCAGCUGCGGGUCCAUCGACUGACAGCCACGUCCGCUGAGAUCACCUGGCUGCCCGGCAAUAGCAACUUGGCCCAUGCCAUCUACCUCAACGGGGAAGAGUGCCCCCCUGCCCGCCCCAGCACCUACUGGGCCACCUUCUGCCACCUGCGGCCUGGUACACUCUAUCAGGCCCGAGUGGAGGCUCAGCUCCCACCUCGAGAAUCCUGGGAACCAGGCUGGGAGAGGCCAGAGCGGAGGGCUGCCACCCUGCAGUUCACCACACUCCCAGCAGGCCCGCCUGAUGCCCCCCUGGAUGUGCAGGUUGAGCCAGGGCCCUCCCCUGGAGUCCUGAUCGUCAGCUGGCUCCCGGUGACCAUCGAUGCUGCUGGCACCUCCAACGGCGUCCGGGUCACAGGCUAUGCCGUUUAUGCUGACGGGCAGAAGAUCAUGGAGGUGGCCUCCCCCACGGCAGGCAGCGUGCUGGUGGAGCUGUCGCAGCUGCAGCUGCUGCGGGCCUGCCGCGCCGUGGCCGUGCGCACCAUGUCGCCCCACGGCGAGUCGGCCGACUCCAUCCCGGCUCCCGUCGCCCCCGCCCUGGCUGAGGCCUCCUUGCCAGCCAGGGUCUCCUGCCCCUCCCCACGACCAGGCUCGGAGGCCGGACCGCCCCUCGCUCCAGCCUCCCCGGGGCCUGGAGACCCCAGCUCUGCCCUCUGGUGCCCUGACCCCAGUGGAACUCGAGAGCCCCCUGGGGCACCCCCAGCGAGCCCUCCCCGAGAGACACCAAAAGGGCCCUCAGAGGAGUCCCCAGCGCCUGGCUCUCAGGAGGAGGCUGGGGCAGCGGUGCUGGGUGCCCCAGGGGACGGGAAGGCCAGUGAGCCAGCCUUGGGAGAGCGAGUUCCUGGCCCUGCAGCUUCCUCCCUGGCCAAGGAGGAGGCUGAGCGGACCACGGGAGAGGCCCGCCCGGCACCCGGCUCCACCCAGGGGGCACCGGCCCAGAGGCUGCCCUGUGCGGAGGCCUGCCGUGGAGGAGACACAGGGUCUGGGCUGAGGCCCAGGGCUGAGAGGGAGGACACGGCUGAGCUCGGGGUCCGUCUGGGGAACUCCCUCGUGGACCAUGGCCGCAACUCAGAUCUGUCAGACAUCCAAGAGGAGGAGGAGGAAGAGGAAGAGGAGCUGGGUGUCAGGAGUUGCUCUUUCCAGAAGCAGGUUACAGGCAACAGCAUCAGGGAGAAUGGGGCCAAGCCCCAACCCGACCCCUUCUGUGAGACUGACAGUGACGAGGAGAUCUUGGAGCAGAUCCUGGAGCUGCCUCUCCAGCAGUUCUGCAGCAAGAAGCUCUUUAGCAUCCCUGAGGAGGAGGAAGAAGAAGACGAGGAGGACGAGGAGGACGAGAACACACCAGGGGCGGCCUCUUCUUCCCGAGACCCCGGCCCGCCUGAGCCUGCGUUGCUGGGGCUGGGUUGUGACAGCAGUCGGCCCCGAGGACCUGGCCUGUGUCCUUUGUCUCCCGAGCCCUCCAGGGCUGGGGACCACCUGGAGGACAUGCCUGGACUAGUUAGUGGAAGCAGCUGGAGAAAAGGAAGUGGCUCCCCUGAGAAGCCCCCCAACCGCAGGCGGUCCCCAGAUCCUCGCGAACACUGCAGCCGACUCCUCAGCAACGGCGGGUCCCAGGCCUCUGGGCGACCAGGCCCCACGCGGGAGAGGGGCGGCCCCCCUGUGGGCGAGGGCACCAGGGCUGGACCAGAGGCUGGUGGGAGAGGGCGGCCAGCCCCUUCGAGGAAGUGCCCCCGUGGCCGGGCCUCAGAAUCGGGCCUGGCCAGCUGCCUCUCCCCCACGUGCUUGGAAAUCAGCAUCGAAUAUGAUUCUGGGGAUGAACAGGAGACGGGCGGCGGGGGCGUCAGCACCACCAGCUCCUGCCAGCUCGCAGAUGGGGAGGCCUGGGGUGCGGUGCCCGGGGGAAGGCCCGGGGCCCCUCCGAAGGCCAGUUCAGGCCCCAACCCCCACCCGCGCCUCCCGGCUUGGGAGAAAGGGGAGCCCGCGCGGAGAGGCCGCAGUGCCGCUGGCAGAGCCAAGGAGUCACCCUCCCGGGCAACAGAGACUGGGGAGUCCAGAGGGCAGGAAGGCUCUGGGCGGAGGGGUCCCCAGCGGAGAGGCGGCCGGGCCCCCAGGCCAGGCUCCACGGAGCUGGCCCCUCUGAGGAGCCCCCCAGAAGAAGCACUGGCCUACCAGGACCUACCUAUCAGGGUCUUUGUGGCCCUGUUUGACUAUGACCCCUUGUCAAUGUCACCCAACCCUGAUGCCGGGGAAGAAGAGCUCCCCUUCCAGGAGGGCCAGAUCCUGAAGGUGUUUGGAGACAAGGAUGCCGAUGGCUUCUAUCGGGGUGAAGCUGGAGGACGGAUGGGCUACAUCCCCUGCAACAUGGUGGCCGAGGUGGCUGUGGACGGUCCUGCAGGGAGACAGCAGCUGCUCCAGCAGGGUUAUUUGUCCCCAGAUGUUCUCGUUGGGGGAUCAGCGUCUGCCUGCCUUUCUGGACCAGGGAAUGGCCCCUUUGUCUACUCCACGGCCCGCCCAGCUGGGCCUCCCCCCAAGCCCCGCCGCUCCAAGAAAGCUGAGGCGGGAGGCCCUGCCCAGCCCUGUGCAGGCCCCCCCAAGCUGGCCUCCUCUGCUGGCCUGAGAGCGGCCCGCUCCAUGGUGGCUGCGUUUGACUACGACCCCCGGGAGAGCUCCCCCAACUUGGACGUGGAGGUGAGGACCCUCAGAGGCGGCCCAGCCAGGGUGGGUGGUGGCAGGGUCUGCCCGGGCCUGUCCCCCCGUCUCCUGGUCUCUCCACAGGCAGAGCUGCCCUUCCGGGCAGGGGACAUCAUCACUGUGUUUGGGGGCAUGGACGACGAUGGCUUCUACUAUGGGGAGCUGAAUGGACAGAGGGGCCUGGUCCCAUCCAACUUCCUGGAGGGCCCUGGGCCUGAGACGGGCGGCCCAGACAGGGAGCCUGGGACACCCCAGGCCGAGGGUCAGGACUGGGCCGACUCAACACAGGAGCCCCCAGGGCUCCCAGUCUGGCCCUGUGCUUCUGGCCCUGGCCGCUUCCCUGGGAUUGAACGGGGGGUGCCGCAGGGCCCAAGCAAGAAGGUGUGGGCUCUCCUCUCCAAGGGGAAGCAGCUCCUCAGGAAGCUGGGCUCUGGGAAGAAGGAGUGACGCUGCAGUCCAUCCUCCGGACAGAGGUGGCCCGAGGCCCCGGCGCACUGCCCUGGCUGCGCGGGCAAGGCCCUGGACUUUCGUUCUCCCGAGUCAGCACUGUGGCAUUCGGACGGAAGUCAGACUCGGUGACGGUCAGAGCUAGGUGAGCCCUGGCGGAUGGGUCCCCUGCAUGGGCGUCUUCCUCUUACAGGCGGGGACCCUGAGCCGCAGUGCGGCAGCGAGCCAGCCACGGAGGCUGAACAUCUGGGUCACGGAGCCAGGCCUGGACGCGGACGCGUGAUUCCUGGUUCACCCACCUCUGCCUGCUGCCCGCCAUGUGAUGCUCGUCCCUUCCUGGCCUCCGCACAGCUGGCACGGGGACCCUGUUCGCUCUGACGGCGCGGGCCACCCUCAUCACGUCUUCCCUCCCUGAAGGAACGUUUGCACUGGAUUCUGCCGAGCCCCCCACCCCCGGGCGGGCAAGGGGGCAGAGCCGUGUAUAUAUGUACAUACUCAGUGCCUCGGCCCAGCUUCCUCCCCCUCGCUUCCACCGCACAGGCCCGGAGGGAGAAAGGCCGAGCCACAGCGGGCCUGACCCCGCCCCACAGCGCUCCCCUCCUGCCAGCCGCCCUCCCGGCCUGAGACCCGGGGCCAGCGGGCAGAAAGCAGGAGUUGGGUUUGCCUUAUUUUGCUCAUUGGAUUCAGCUUCUCUUUUGCAUCAUCUUCCUCUAGCCCCUGUUGGAGUCUGGGGGCUGGGGAAGAGGACAGAUGUGUGCAGCUAUUUUCAUACGUUCCCUUUUCCGAGUGGGGUGGGGGGGCCUCCGCCCUUACCCUCGCCACCCCUCCCCCCAGCCCUCUGGCUGGGCCAGUGUCUCUGCAUGUUUCCUUUGCUGUGGCGGGAGAGUGUGUGAACAUCCGCCCCCACCUGGGUCUCCAGGGGUGUGGAAUGGUGAGGGCAUU